GUUAGUUUCUAAAGAAAAAGUGCCAAUCGAUUUGAUUUGUUCCUUCUUUCUUUCUAACUAAAGAUCUAUGGUGAUAUCGAAAUGAUGGUUGGCGUUUACAACAUCUACCGGAUCUUUGGAUGGCAUGGGUGUCAACGAGUUAGUUGCCACCACUUGGAACUGUUUGGAUUUUCCAUUUGGCAUUGGCUAUGAGCUUCAAGUUUUCUUCCCACACGCAUGCCCUGCCAUUCUGUGAGUCCCAUCCCAGCGGGAAUCAUCGGCUUCUUUUGCAACGGUCGGACACCAAAAUUCUCGCAUUGGCACCACUUCCAAGAUUGGCAGCGCUAUGUUGCCAAGCAUGCUUGCUUGUGCGCCAAUCUAAUAAAAAGUGACGGUUAUCCAUCAGCCAAAUAAAUGCUGGCAAAUAUUGGUACCGUGCCGAUCUGAUCGAUCGACAAGUGGGCGCACCGCUGUUUCUUUUCUGGAUUGAGGUUUGUGGCCAAAUUUGUGGGAGACGACUGUUGUGUGAUUAGCUAUUAGAUAGAUGUGCUACUUGUGCUAGCUAGCUAGUAGUUAGACAGUGCUUGUAAUUGACGAUGGUGCGGUUUGAAUCGGGCAAGAACCAGGGUCCUCCGGCGAAGCCCUAUGUCUAUGACAAGACGUACACGUCCUUUUGGGAUGCAGUGCUUCAGGAACAGCAGCAACAACAACAACCAGGCGGUAACUCCAACGAUACGUCCUUUGAAAAGAGUGACAUUCCUCUCAAGAAGAAGAAGCCUACUACCAUCUCUACUGACAACAACACUACUGACAACACUACUGACAACACUAGCACUAAGAGUAAGAUGAUGAUGCACGAUGACGAUCGAUCAGAGCACAAGGAGGAAGAACAAGUCCUCUCCUCCUCUACUCCCUCUCCACUCAAGACACCGCCAAGAACCGUCGAGACUACUUUGGCGCGCACACAGGCUCUUCUAGAAGCUCAUGCGGCGGCGGCAUCCAACGACACUACUACAUGUACAUCUACUAGUACUAGUAGUCCAACCAAGGAAGAGGAAGAAGUGCCCAGCGAUGAAUCCAAGGCAGACUCACAGCAGCGAAUCCAACAACAGCUUGCAGUACAUGACAGUAGUAGUGUUAGUGUACAUGUUGUACCAGAUGUUGUGGUCAAGACGACACCAGCUCCCAGUGUGGUCAAGACUUUGAGUGCGUCUCCUACCGAGUCUCCAACCUACACUUGCUCGGAAGAGUCGGUCGAUACAGAGACGCACUUGUCACCGUCUCUUAUUACUAGUCCAGCUAUAGAGACUGCGGACAAGAAGGAUGCCAUACAACACCUAAUGGCACAAGUCGUUCUAGAUGCGGCAAAGAAGGAACUGGAAGCCAGGAAGAAGCAGCAGCCAGUGGAAACACCAACAGAAGAACCACCAACACCUGAACUUCAGAUAGAAGCAGAAGAAGAAGAAGAACACACAACAACAACCCCCACCCCUCAGCAGGAGGACACUCCUCCUCCUCCUACUCUAGAGAGCACUCUACAAAUGCCCAUGGAUGCCGAAGCUCUCGCAAAGGCACAGGCACAACUCAUGGAGCAAGCCAAGUCACUGGCAAAGGCUCAAGCGUUGCUAGAAGCACAAGCCAAACAGUUGGCCAGACAGCAAGAACUACAGCAGUUGACGAUGGAAACAUCAUCACCGCUCAAGCCAAAGAUACAGGUAGAAGAGAUUCCACGUCAAGCGCCUUUACCCACACUGACCAAGCCAUCCGCCUUUCGAGCUCCUUCGGAUGAAUGCAGAAUCAGUGCCACACAAUCACAUGCCAGUAGUAGUUCACGUCUCGUGGCUGCCUUCAACUCCCCCGCCAUCACCACCACUGUCACUCGAAUGUCUAGUAGCGACGUCCACUCGAGUACUGACACUGUUCCCAUUGCCAAUACUAAAACACUUGCUCGAUUGUCCAGCAACGACCUCAACUCGAGCAUUGAUAGUAUUCCCGAUGACGACGAAGUACCCCACAUUCCAAGGCAACGAAACAACAAGACCAUGCCAGACUCGGAUGAAAUAAAUGCCGCCAUGGACGGAGAUUGGUUGUCACGCGCUCGAUCCGAAGCCAAGGCCAAAGCGCAAGCACUCCUGCAAGCCGCACAAGUGGAAGCGACCGCUCGUGCCAAGGAAGCACAAGCACUCAUUCAAGCGGCACAAGCCGAAGCCGCCGCCCGGGCACAAGCAAGAGCGGAUGCCAAGGCGGCCGCACUAGCACAAGAAAAGGCGCGACAAAAGGCAGAAAUUGAAGCACAGCUCCAAGCCAAGGCCGUACGAGAUGCCUGGGAUUUUGAACAAAUGAGAGCUCAAGUACAAAUGGAGGAACGCAUCAAGUCCAAGUUGCGCGCAUCCGCGAAAGCAGAAGCCGAAGCCAAGUUGCGUUAUAAAGCCGAAUUGGAUGCUGUGGCAGUUCAAAAACAGCACAUGGCGGCCGCCCGAGCGCAAGCGGAUAUUGGCAAGUUGCGGCAAUUGGCCAAGGAACAAGCAGAAGCCAAGUUGCGACGCAAGGCGGAAGAAGAUGCCAAGCUCGUUCAGCAACAACAAGAUGCCAUUGCGGCGGCGCAAGCGACUGCCAGACGAAAACGGCAAGAAGUGGAAGAAGCACGGCUGGCCGCCAAGGCAGAAGUCGAACGCAAGAUCCAGCUCAAGGCGGAGAUUGAUGCGCAAAAGUGGGCGGCAGCCGAAGCACGCGCCAAGCAAGAAGCCGAGCGACGAGCUCUGGCUGCGGCAACCGCCAAGGUGCGAGCACGUCACAGCAAAGAGUUGCAGUUGCCGACUCAAUUGUCCGCGGCGCAGCGCAAGGCCAAGGCGAUUGCCGGGACUACCGAUCCAUCACCAUUGCAGCCACAUCAUGCACAAUCACAAGGAGUUCCCAAGGAUUUUGUCCCCUUUGGAAAGAGCAAAGGAGAAGAAGCCGAUGGCAAUAUUUGUCUCUACUUGCAAGUUCCAGGUGUCGUUCAUGUGAGCGAAGUCAAGGUGGAACUCGAAGAUGGUGUCCUGUACAUUUCCCGUGGGAUUGUUCUUCCCGGACGUGGGCUGCAAAAGUACACGCGCAGCUUUCCGUUUGAGGAGAACCUGUUGGAUACUUCCAAAAUCUCCGUCACGUUGAUUCCGACCAAUGCCACUGCGGAUGGAGUGAGUGUCCUCAAGUUUUCCUUGCCCAAAGUGCAGCCAACGUGGAAUGUACCUCUCUCGUUGGUGGAUGAGGACGCGUCACUCUCGGCCAGUGGUGGACGACACACGACAUCCAAGGAUGACGGAAGUGGUGGCGACUUGGAGGAUCUGACAGAUGUCUCGUUAUUGGAUGCCCCCGAUGAUGAAGUGCAUACUCUUCAUCAUCCCAGCGACGAGUUGCGCAAUUCUUCGACGCAUGCACCGGACGAUGAAAAGGCGGCAGAUCCAGAGGAUUUGCAAAAGACGUACAACAAGGAUGGCUGUCGCUUUGUCGAACUCUUGCAACUCCCGGUUGCCUUUGCUUUGGAGAAUAUCGUCGCAACCUAUAGCGAAGAAACGGUCACGGUGGUAGGUACCGAAGGCGACGAGGAACGAACCUCCUUUCGACAUGUGGUCCCCAUGAGCACCCAAGACGUGGAUGUGCGACAAUUGACGGGUAGCUACGACCCCAAUGUUGGACGGCUUGUGCUCAAGGCGCCACUUCACAGCUCUAUUCCAAAAUCACGUCGAAUCCGAGUGGUGAAGAAAGAGGAUUCCGAAACAAUUAUUGAAGCUCAAACAGUUUAAAAUCCCAGGCGAGAAAACAUGGUCUGAAGCUCACGGGCAACCU